GUUCAGGAAGGCGUAUUAGUAGAGUUAGUACGACAUGCGCCUGUUUUAUAUCUUCAAGCGAGUUGCACCUGGCAACAGUCUUUAUAAUGUUCUCCCUCUCGAAUCUACCUGCCUAACCCAUCAUUUCAACUGGUAGCACUUUAUAAGUAGGAAGGUACUCAUCAUCGCUUUCUCAUUUCAGGUAAAAUGUUUCUUACGUUUGUUAAUUCCUCGUCUUCUUUUCUUCAACUCUAAUGCGACGCUUGCACUUGCGCGUAUCACUAACAGAAAUCAUACAAACAAUCGUCACUACUCAGAUGAUGCCGGCCACAAUGCAAUUCAUUAUUGUUAUCUUUUUGUCACUGGUAUCCCAUAUAGUCGCCUUCCAGGCAGAAGCUGCUGGUGUCGAUUAUUCGACUUCUGCGAACAUAUCUCAGUACAGUCAACUUAUUCCCUUAGCAAAUGGGACUACGUUCUCUAAGAACACAACUGGCGAUGACCUCUAUCACGAUAACUGGCAAUACGAAGGAACCGACGAAUGUAAAUGGGCCUUAAAUUAUAUCCCCUAUGUCAGUUCCGAGUGUACGGAAUACUGCGAAGCCGACACCUACGGUUGGGGCUAUAGAUUCCACCGCCUUAGAUUUCACAUAAAGCUCUCCGGGAAUGGACAAGAACCUGCGAACUGGUGUGCGAUGUUCAAGGCGAGAAUGAUGUACAACUGUGCCGUCGGGGCGCCUGACUUUUUCCAUUGCAACUUUGGAAGAGCACCAGAGCUACCUUCUCUCCGCACUUGGGCUGCCGAUAGCUCUACUGGCCAGGUUGUGCAGAAGGAGGGCCUCAAUCUCAGAUUUGACUUCAGUCCCGCAUGGAAUCCUCGAGAUGCAGAGCACGAUUGUGUUAGAACAGCUAUUCGCGAGGCAACCUGUGGUGGGACCAUAUUCAGAAACGGUCUCCAUUGCAUCCCAACAAUGUAUCUGGCCCCGGAUGGCGCUACCGAAUUUGACGAAGGUUAUGUUCCACCGGCCUCGAGAUGUCUAUUCAACUCUGAAGUGCCCCCUGAAGCCACAUAGACGAUAUCAACAGAAUGACGAAAUACAAGAGCUUUUAUCUUAUAUCGAAGCAAUCCCUUCGUUCCAGGACCGAGUUAUAUAGGCGCCUACAAGUUCUACCCAAGUAUAUAUAAGUAGGUACCUACCUACCUUACACCAACCACCUACGCUGCCCGUCGUGGUCUGUACAACUAUCUUUGAGUUAAUAGGGGCUUAUGAGUCCAUCAUUUUCUUACUGCUAAUUAUAUCUAACCUUUUCAGUUUGGCAUUUGUCUGUUAAUCUCUUAACAGAGAGCAAAUCGGUAAUAGUUAAUCCUAAACAUUCUAUUCAAUGUCAAAGCCACAUGCAAAGGUAGCGCUCUGUCAAUCAUACCAACAGAUUAUCUCACGCUGCAUUCCUCCUUCGUACCUUCCAGGUUCUCGCAUAUGAUAAGUUCACUAGGUGGGCGAUUGAUUCGAAAACCCGACCGUCAGGAUAUAUUUGUCGGUCAGAAUUGAAAAUCGUCCAUCGGAGUGAGGGUGUUUCUCAUUCAAUGUCAACUAUGGGUAUAAUAAUCUGCUUCCAGAGAAUUCUGCCUCUCUUCCCGUCUUGACUGACGCGUUGAAUGUAAAGUAGACUCUCUACAAAGUAGGACAUCGUCAAUGUACACUGACUAUGGUAACACUUCAUUAAAACUACUAUAUUUUAUCUUCCGCUGGGGUUUUUACACGCUAC